UCAGGUUGGAUUUACCAUUGCAAAGAUUGAAGCAGUGGAUCCGGAUGGGGAUCCGAUAUGGUGGAGUAUUGAGGGUGGAAAUGUGAAUAAAACAUUUGCGUUGAAACCCGACAUCUGCCGUGAAAUUCGGGCAAUUAUUUUCGCUCGUCAAGGAACACUCACCAAUUAUGUAACGUUGACAGUGACAGUUACAGAUGACAAUGACAAUGCGCCAAGAUUUGUUCACAAAGACUACAGUGUUACAUUGCCAUUGAGAUCACCUGUUGGUUAUUCGGUUGUCACACUCUUAGCCCACGACGCUGAUUCUGGAGAGAAUGGAAUGGUGAAGUACAGUAUUAUCAGUGGUGAGUGGAUUGAAUGGAUGGCUAAGUCUGCGUACAUUCUUACUAUAAUCUCAUUUGAGCCAAAGGAAACAUUAGUGACCCAGAUUAUGCAAAUUCUUAUCCCAAUUCCAGGAAAUGAACACGGCUUCUUCUCACUGGAUCCGGUGCUUGGAGUUGUUCGCCUCGCCAAACCUCUACCUCAGGAGCACACUGAGUCAAUUCUUACUGUGCGAGCAACAGAUGGCGGUAAAUACCCACUCAGUGAUACUGCAAACGUUAGAAUCCAAACUGACGCCUACGACGGGCACGGCUUCAGAUUUACAAGAGAGCUCUAUCAGCGAACGGUGAGAGACACGACGGCGUUAGGCACAGUGCUUCUCGUAGUAUCUACCCAGCCAAAUGGAGUCCUCAUCAAAAUGUCGAACACCAAUCAACAUUCGCCAAUUUUCAAAAAACAAGUUUAUCGAGGAUUGGUGAGGGAGAACAGUCUUAGUGGUUCUUCUGUCCUCCUUGAGGACAACUCUCCGUUGCUAGUGGCAGCCACAGAUAAGGAUGCUGGUCCAAAUGCCUUAAUUGGUUAUCGGCUACUGAAUCCAAAUGAACCAUACUUU